GCUGCUAUAAAGCCCCCUUCCCCGCCGGGCGCCCCGUCUAGCAGAGAGGACCAGGGAUGGCAGCCAACCGGGUGGGAAGGCGCCUGGGUCGGGCUUCUCCGGCGCGUCCCUCCGCAGCAGCAGGGCUCUCCCCGGGGGUCUCUCGGACGGAGCGGACCCCGAGCCCCGGACUCCAGCGACGCCAGGCCCGGGUGACCGUCAAGUACGACCGCCGCGAGCUCCAGAGGCGCCUCGACACCGAGAAGUGGAUCGACGGCUGCUUGGAGGAGCUCUACCGGGGACAGGAGGCAGAGAUGCCUGAUGAGGUGAACAUCGAUGCUCUCCUGGAGAUGGCCACAGACAGUGAGAGGGCAAAGAAACUACAGGGUAUCUUGGAAUCAUGCCACAAGAACACAGAGGAGUUCAUCCAAGAACUUCUAGGGAAGCUGCGAGGCCUUCGAACAGAGCAUGUCCUCCGACGAACAAGCCCCAGCAGCCAGGGGGGAUGUGGAGCCAGGCACUGAAAUCCAGGAGCAGGUGUGAGGUUGAUGGGCAAGGCAAGGCCCUGAUCACGAUCAGGGAGGGACUUCUCAUUAGUCCCCACAAACACUGCCAGGAUGGCUUCCUCGCUGGGGCCGUGCCUGGCUGUGAUAAUGCUGCCACUGAGGAUGAUGGUGUUGUCAUUGUCUCAGAUGCCAAAUCGCCAGCAGAGCUGAGAUGUACAGACGUUUGCCAGGGCAGCUGCAUCGCAGGGUCCUUUUCUGCUGCAGCAACAUUUUCAGAUAAUUACCUCCUGCCACAUUGUAUAAAUCUGUAUAGUGAACUGUAUCCUCUGCUUUGGGUUUCUCCUGUGUAAUAAAGUGCUUUGUCUUUA